AUGGGUGCCCAUCCCUUCUACUCGCUCCCAAGUCUCUCGAACUUGGGGUCAGGAACCGGAGGACCCCAGCAACGUGUUUCCGGUUUCAAUAUCCCAUCGAUAAACGCCGGAAACGAGUCGAGUCACAACGUGACAAAAACCGAAACGGGCCCCGAACUUCGCCGACUCUCGUCGGUGGGAAUGAACCACAACCCUUCGCAGCUCCCACCUCCUACGCCAAUGAACAACGAACAACCCUCGGCACUGGCUCCUCCUGGAAUGCCAGCCGGCGUUCCCAAUCGCACUGCUACAACCAACGUUUACAGGACAUUGAACGUCAGAGAUGCAUUGUCGUAUUUGGACCAGGUGAAGAUCCAGUUCUACAGUCAGGCAGAUGUCUACAAUAACUUUUUGGAUAUCAUGAAAGAUUUCAAGUCACAAAAUAUCGACACUUCCGAAGUCAUCGAUCGAGUGUCUACUUUGUUCAAGGGUCACCCCAACUUGAUUCAGGGCUUCAACACAUUCUUACCUGCUGGCUACAAAAUUGAGUGCUCGCUCGACCCAUCGGACCCCAAUCCAAUCCGGGUUACCACUCCUACUGGUACCACCAAGCGCCCCAAUAUGAAUGCAACGUAUGGCCAAUGGAGCUCAACCACAGGAGAGACCAAUGGUCAACAGGACUCCCAAGCCAACCAGCAAGCGUUGUCCAGCGCUCACCAGGCAGCACAUCAAUUGCAAGCACUGCAACAACCACCUUUUGGAAAUGAUCCUAAUGGGGGCCAGAUUGAGUUCAACCAUGCCAUUUCCUAUGUCAACAAGAUCAAAACGAGAUUCGCCAACCAGCCAGAUAUUUACAAGCAUUUUUUGGAAAUUCUUCAGACAUACCAGCGCGAACAGAAACCCAUCAGUGAAGUGUACGAACAAGUGACGGUUUUGUUUGCAAACUCUCCCGAUUUAUUGGACGAUUUCAAACAAUUUCUUCCAGACACUUCGAACCAGGCAACUACACAACCGGCUUACUUGCCUCCUGAUAGUGCCAAUGGAUCCAAUGGUUCGCAAUUGCCGCCUGUAGGUAAUUUCCACCAACCUUCUGCCCCAGGAAUGAGCCCGGGAGAAGUAGGGUCGUUUCACCAGCCCAUGUUCCAAGACGAAUUCCGCAAAAGAAAGUCCAUUGACCAACGCAAUGACCCAAGAGCGCAAUACGAAGCCGGACCAUACGAAAACCAUUAUAAUGCUGAAGCUCAAUACUCGAGUCUUCGAUCAAAACCUCUGCCAGUCCAAAACAAGAAUGGUGCAAUGAUACCGAAGGCAGUCAAUCCGGCAUUAGUCCCUGGUGUUCCGGAACCAGUACCUCCUUCGCACACUUCCAAGUCGUCGUCAUUGCUGGAGGAGUUGAGCUUUUUUCGACAAGGUGAAAAAGGCAAUUGGUAA